AUUGACUUUGAAAAAUUCCACCUUCCCCUUUCAGUGCAUACCACAAACCAUGUUGCAAAAUCUGAAAACAUUGACAACACUGUCCCACCUGCCAACCUAUCAGAUCUGUCAGCAACGGGAAACCGCGUGCGGACAUACACGUAUUGGCCUGCAACAAGCUCUGUUAAUGUGUUUGAGCUAGCCAGGGCAGGGUUUGUGUUUACUGGAAUGGAUGAUAUAGUAAAAUGCUACAAGUGUCAGGGCACCCUUAAAAAGUGGAAACCCGGAGAUGAUCCUUUGGAGGGUCACAAAGAAUUCUACCCUGAUUGCCCGCAUGUCGUUGCCCUUGAUGCUAUUAAAAAGUCAAUUAACACUGAAACCCAACUGGAAGACCUGCUAUCUGUGUGCGAUGGAGUAGGUUAUCGUCUACGGCAAUUGCACACCAUCCAGAGUAAGGCAUCAGGAGUAGAGCCAGCUAAGAAGCAUCUGACAGAACUGCAAAAGAGACUCGACACUACCGAGCGUACCAUGCACCUUGUUAUGAAACAAAUGGAAGCUGUGACAAAGUGCCUGGCCAAGACACUCGCUGAUGACCCAGCCAUGAGUGGAGAUAAAUCAUUGGCUGAAAUCACAGAGGGGCUUGUAAACUUAAAGGAGAGCAAUGUUUAAAGACCUCACAAAAAUACAGAGCACUUGCACUUCUUCAUACUAUAUUUAUGGAAAAAUCACAAUAUUAAAUUAUCUAGAAAAUGACAUUUGCAAGAAAAAAAAUUGGGGCCAAUGUGCAAAGUGUACAUGUAUGAUUUCAUAAAUGAACUGAAUUUGUUCAAGAUUAAUACUGGAGGAGUGUAUGAACAGCUCUGUAGCAGCCUGCUACAUGAUGCAGCAACCGUGUUACAGAUCGACAAAAGUUUUGCUUUGAAUGCCAGUAAAAGUUUUUAUUAGAAUAAAAAAAUUUUUAUUGCUGUGUGGUAAUUUCAUAUACACUGUUAACUACCAGAACUAAACAAUGGGCGAACAGAAGUAAUUUGCUUGGAAAGCAAUUUUUACUGCUUGGUAAAUAUCUGGUAACGAACUAGUCAAAAAAUUGAAAAAAAAAAAAAAAGUUUGAGAAUAUUAGUGACAAAUAUUUUACAGCUUUUGUUGAUAGUGGUUCUGUACAGUGGUGGUUAACUAUUUAUUUAUGCACUUGGAAACAAUUUAUUUAUAUCCCUAGGUAAAAUGUAAUUGUUUAUUCUUGAAAAUAGGCAAUGAAUAUGAAUUGAAUAAAUUAUUUAUUAUUUAAUGAAUUGAAGUAGGAACUUUAGUCUGGCAGUUUUGUAAAAUCACGAAAUCUGUUUUUACAGUGAUGUUUAUUCCUUAGAGUUAAGAAAUGAUUACCAGGAACAUUUUAUCAAACAUAGAUAUGUCGUCAACAAAGGUAAUUGAACUUAACCGGUUAUGACAUCAUGUGAAAUAACAUACAGAUGAUUCAAUUUCUUAUACGAUAGGCUUGAUCUCUUUCUUUUUAAAUCCAAGUCUGGUUUUGGGCUAGCACAUGUUAAUGAAAAUAAAACUUCCUUAAAUUAUCUUCUUCUUGUAGUAUAUAUCCGAGACAAUAAUUAUUGAAACUUUUAUUGGCUUGACUUGUGUAUAGCAGCGAGUUCUGAGUUUUCCCUGACUGGUUUCUGUAAAGGACAAGACUUGGAUAUUGUUGUUCCACCCCACCAAGUUCUUUCCCCUGCACUUAUUUACCAGACUCAUUUCCUUCACAUUACUGGUGCUAGCCUGAUUAUCAAGCCUUCCUAAAGGGAAGUGAGAGGGGAGAACCUUUCCUCCCCCUGUACUUUGGAAAAACCCGACACUUGGGCUAUAUGAGUACCCAUUUAUAUAGUACUUUCAGGGGUAGUGAGAGUGGAAGGCAUGUUGUUGUAAUGGUUCUUUAGCAUUUUGGACCCAACAGCAAUCAUUUCUCACAGUGCCUUUCUCCUCCCAAGAAAAUGAAUUGGUACCAUCAAACCAUAAGUCACAUAGGCAGUGGGGCUAGCUGGGACUCUCUUUGCUAUCUUCAAUCCUCAGCGGGGGGUGAGGGGGUGGGGGUGGCGAGGGGUGGGGGCAUGGGGCAUUCACUUCGCUCUCCACCAAACUCUAUUUCACAAGAUUUUCUUGGCCUCACCAAGACAGAUUCUAUGUUUGCAGUUCUCCGGCACCUCCAUGACUGCUAAGGUUGCACCAUUAUUGAUGAAGACUUGACUAGUGAGCCAUUAAAUGCAGAGAUCGAAACUUAAGGCCCUGCCAACACAAUAUUAGAACAAGGCUAUCCUCUCAAGCUGUGUUACGCUUCGCUAUAGUCUGAGGCACAGUCACCCUUUUGUAACUGCACCUCUGAUGCUCCGAGGGGAAUAAAAGUCUCAUGAUCAUGGUUACCAUAAAGGUGGAGUGGCAGUCACUAACCCAUACUGGGUUAUUGGAUGAUUCAAGCUAAGGAAAUGGACUGUUCUUUUUAACUACAAAUUAAACUUUGCAUCUGGGAGGGGUGGUGAAACCUUUCAUAUGUUUAUCACAAUCAUAUUAAUACUGUCUGAUGGCCUCAUCAACUUUCUCUAUUGAAAAUCAAUGUUUAUUGCUUUUCAUAAUACACCGUACAGAUCUCAAAAUAGUACAAUGUUGAAUGUAACAUUUGAAAAAUAUAUAUUUAUUUCUUAGCUGUUUGUUUAUCUUCUAUUUAUUCAUUUUUUGGUAGUAAUAAACUAAUAUAUAUUAUUGUAUACUUUAUGGCAUUUUAAAAAAUACACUAUUAACAUGUAAUUUUGGACAGAAACAAACACUUUUUUCUCACAUACAACUGCAAUAAAAAUCACUGCCAAAUAUCACCAAGGGAAAGAUUUCUAUGUUAUGUAUAUUUAAAGCUUAGGGACAAGUGGGUUCAGACCAAGACUUGUUCUAAAUGCAAGGCAGACUUGAUAAACAAAAACUCUGGUGUGUGACCGUUUCAAGUUUUUCAAAAUUAUGAGAUUGUUAACUGCUGUAUGCAUGGCUGACUUACAGAGCAAUGCUAAAUAAUAUGCUAUAUUUAGCUGCACAUGAGCGUCAGAGAUUAAAAUUUGCAUCAAAAUAAUUACCUGAUGACUACCAUCACAAAACACUGCUCAUCUCUUAGAGAUUCCUUUUUUUGGUGCAUCUACAUGCAUGUACCUAAAUUUACGCCUUGCAA